UUUCCUGUAUUACAGCAUUUUACGAACAAGAAGGAACAUCAGCAGCCGAGUAUAUUUUUCUGUAACUUUCAGUUUAUUCAGUUCCUCGAGAAAAAAAAAGUUCCAAGUGAUUUUUCAUCUAGUCAUCGGAUUCUUAUGGAUGAUCUACUGGAACUUUUGAGCAGCUUAAAGGCAAAGUGUGAAGACAAAAGAGAAAAAACAGCGCCCCCUGAUGGAGGUUUGUACUGCCCAAUCGUGUGGGACGAAGCCUAUUGCUGGCCAUAUGUUCCAGCAGGUACCCUUCACAAGGUUUCUUGUCCAUCUUACAUCCACAAUUUUAACAUUAGUGCGUUCGCAACAAAAUACUGCACAGAAAAUGGUGUCUGGUGGAAGAAUGAUGAGAACGUGUCCUGGACUAAUUACAGUAUGUGUAUCAAGGAUAGCGAGUCGGACUUAGACUUCUCGUUAAAGCACCAUAUUCUCACGAUCAAACUUAUUUCCAAAAUCGGAUACAUUGUAUCUUUAUCGACUCUUCUCAUAGCCGUAUUGAUUUUGGCUUUAGUCCGGCGACUUCGCUGUCCCAGAAACAACCUUCACAUUCAACUGUUCAUUUCGUUCAUCUUGAGAGCACUGAUAUCUCUCUUAAAAGACGCGUUAUUUGUAGCUGGUGUUGGACUCCGCAGCAACAUGAUGUUAAAAUAUGGCUCAAUGGUCUUCUUGGAAAGUGAACACAAUGUGGAUUGUAAAAUUUUCACAAGUUUUUGGCAUUAUUUUCUGACGGCUAACUACUGCUGGAUCCUGAUGGAAGGACUGUACCUCCACAAACUUGUAUUUCAAGCUUUCUUCACGGACGCUAGUAGUAUUCUUCAGUAUAUUAUUAUGGGUUGGGGCUUACCUCUCCCAUUUAUCAUCUCAUGGGCAGUAGUGAGAGUCACUUUAGAAGAUACCUUUUGCUGGACAACUCAUGAGAAUCAGGGUUAUUUUUGGAUCAUUCGCGGACCAAUCACCUUGUCCAUUGUGGUUAAUUUCUUCUUCUUUCUGGACAUAACACGCGUUCUAUAUCUGAAACUGUUCUCGCAGACUUCUGAAGCUCGUCGAUAUCGCUACAGGAAGUGGUUUAAGUCCACUCUAGUCUUGGUACCGCUGUUUGGGGUUCACUACGCUCUACUUCUGGGAAUGUCUUUAGCUGCAGGUGUAAGCAGAAUUGUGGAGAUCGUUUGGCUCUAUGCUGACCAGUUCUUCUCUUCUUUUCAGGGCUUUUUUGUAGCCUUGCUGUACUGUUUCUGCAAUGGCGAG